AUGGCCUCCCCCGGCAUUCUCUACGUAACCAUGCAACCGCAUCCCGACCUCAACCUCGCCCAGUUCCACGAGUGGUACAACAACGAGCACGGCCCGACGCGCCUCUCCAUCCCCUCCAUCUUCUCCAACGGCCUCCGCUUCCGCCGCACCACCUCCACCGCCGCCUCCGGCACGCCACCCACCCCGGACUUCAUGGCCGUCUACGAUGUCCACCACAUGCCGCUGCUCGCCACGCCCACCUACACCGCCCUCCGCACCAACCGCUCCCCGCGCGAGGCCGCCACCAUCGCGCGCGUCGACGUCCGCCGCGCCUUCUACGACCUCAUCCACACCUCCGCCGCCUCCACCUUCCGGCCCAUCGAGGCGCUAUCCGACGCCGAGGCCGCCCACAUCGUCACCGUCGCGGUAGAAAUCACCCUCACGGAGGACCCCGCCGCGGCGUGCGAGUAUAGGCGGUGGUACGAGGAGGAGCACGUCGGCCUGCUGGCACGUGUCCCCGGGUGGCUCCGCAGCCGGCUCUUCAAGACCUCGGCCCUCGACGACAACUCCGAGACGAGGUACUUUUGCCUGCACGACUACGAGCCGCGCAAUGGCCUCGGCGGCCCGGAGCACGCCGCGUCCAUGGACACGCCCCGGCGCGCCGCCGUCUUUGACACGUACGUCGCCGCCAAGACCCGCCACACCUAUUCCCUCUUCUACGUCUUCGGCGCCGCGCCGCGGGACCUGCACUCGCUCUCCCAGCUCCCGCCCUCCUCCUCCUCCUCCUCCUUCACCGACCACCGCACCACCACCACCCCCACCCCCGUCUCCAUCUCCUCCCGCAUUACCGCCGCCGGCGGCAUCGCCCUCCCAUACCGCCUCGAGGGCAGCCCGGCGCCUGAAGCGCCCACCGUCGUCCUCUGCAACUCCCUACUCACCUCGCUAACCAUGUGGGACCCGCUCGUCGCCAUCCUGAAGGCUCGCCGGCCGGACCUGCGCAUCCUCCGGUACGACGCGCGCGGCCGCCACGCCGCCCCGCCCCUCGCCGCCACGCUCGCCGACCACGCGGCCGAUCUGGAGGCGCUACGCGCCGCCCUGCGCAUCGACCGCUACGCGUGCGUCGCCGGCGUGUCCAUGGGCGGCGCCACGGCGCUGUGCUACGCGCUCACCCACCCGGCGCGGGUCGGCCGGCUGCUCGCCGCCGACUUCAACUGCGCGUCCAGCCCGGCCAACACGCAGUCGUGGCGGGACCGCAUCGCCGUGGCGCGCGACGGGGAGGCGGGGAUGGCGAGGCUGGCGGAGCAGACGGUGACGCGGUGGUUUCACCGGGACGCGUCGCGGGAGACGGCGGCCUGGAUGCGCACGGUGGUGGCGGGCAACGACGUGGAGGGCUUCGCGAACAGCUGCACGGCGCUGUGGGACUACGACAUGCGCGCGGAGAUGCGCGCGUGCGCGGUGCCGGCGCUGCUGGUCGCCGGUGAGGCCGACGGAGGGGGCGCACUGGUCACGGCCAUGGAGGGGUUCAAGGGGCUGCUGGGCGAGGGGGGCGCCGAGCUGCGCGUGGUAAAGGGCGCGGGACACCUGCCCAUGUGUGAGAAUCCGGAGGGCUUCUGGGGGGCCAUCAAGGAUUUCAUAUAG